GCUCUACUCAUUUGAAUGGAGUGCUGCCCAGUUUUCUUGAAUUUUUUGUUGCUGCUGCUAUGAAGUUAAAAAAUUUUAUUCGCAUUGUUAGCAGUUAAGAUCGCACUUUAGUUGUUCGUAUACAUUUGUGCGGUGCGGUUUAAGUCUCGUCUUUUUUUCGCUAAAUGAGCUCAACUCCAUGUUUGAGAAAGCUGUUGCUCAUAGCCGUUGUUGUGUGCAUGUGAAUGUGCUUGUGGCAAAUUUAAGACAUAAUACAUAUCAAUUAUAAGCACGAAAGCAAAUCAACGAUAUUAACUGCACAAAUCCAUAAGCAAAGCGCAUAUAAAACGCGAUUAACUCGAAUUAAUCGCUACGUCAGUAACUUUCAUCGACUUAAAUAAACCGCAGCAGCAACCGCAAGCAAACAGAAACAAAAAAAAGCGCCAAGAUGCGUAUUAGCUUACCCGCCGAUCUGAUAAGCACAGCGUUUGAAACAAGGAUGGCCCUGCACGCUCAUAGCAUCAACACGGUGCGCUCCACCACCAGCUUGAGCAACAUGAUCAACAGCAACAACAAUGAUCUUGCCAAUGGCAGCAAUGAUCGCCGCCAUAUUGUCGAUAUAUUAGUUGGUGUUGUUGCGGUACCGGUGUUAAUACUUUUCGCAUUACAACUGGAAAAGAAUCUACAAAAUAUGCCCAACAGUCCAUGGUUGGUGUUUGUGCUGGGCGUGGGACUGCUAAUGGUGAUCAUGAUAAUUAUCGGUUAUGUGACGCAUCGGUUGAGUGUGUGCUGUUGGACGGGACCCAUCGAUGAGAUGGGCAACCGAAUGGAUGGACGGGGAAUACCACAUGUAAGUUGCGUUAUAGCGACAGUUUUUUCGAGGUUCAUUCAAAUUUGUUUCAGCCAAGGUAUAGGAAUCAGGUAGUAUAGCAUUAAAGCAAAAACAACAUUUACGUGUACAUAUUUUGUUAUUGCUUCUUCUGGUAUCUAAAGUGUCAAAAAAAUAUAUAAAAAUUUUAAAAUGUAUGCGAAUUUUUUGCAAGGCCCAAAAACAGUGUUGCAAAAGCUGCUGAAAAAAGGUUUCACAAGCAAAUAAAUUUCGACAAUAUAAUUUUUUUUUGGAAAAAAAUAACAAUCAGCCCUAUUGCCAACUCCUUGUGAAUAAAUCGUUGCCAUAAUUUUACAGGUAAAAUAAUAACAAAUUGGGAAAAAUUGUUAUUGUUUUGCUUUAUAAUUUUUGGGAAUAUUAGUUCACGGGAAAUUCGCGAUAAGGCCGAAUAUUUGACAUUUU